UUGCCUCAUGUCCAACAUGGCGGACGAGCAGGUGGUUUGUCAGAGUUCUGAUGAGUUGAAUAUGAAAACCCUGUUGUAUGGGUCAUUGUAGUCAGAAUGCAUGUAACCAAGGGACCGACUAUUUAUCGCCUUCGUGGUAUUCGUCCCUUUGGCCUUAGACUGCCAGCAUUUGACAAUGUUUGAAUGACGACAUUCCAUUCGAUGCGCCUAAACGCAGGUGGCAAGAACAUGGAAGCGGCGUUCGCGACUCUACUCUAGCUAUGAUUCGAGGCUAAAGAGGGGAGUGGAUGGUGUUAGAUCAUCAUCCACAAACUCUCAAACUCGCUGCCCAUGAAUGCAAAGCCAAAACCGAGUCUGCCCUACGCCCGUGCGGACAUCAAGCGCACAAGACCUCGAGUUGGAAGAUCUAGAAGACAAAGAAAACGACGCAAACAUGUCAACGGAAUCUCUAAAUGGACAGCGUCGUGGCUGUGCCUUCCAGCAACUACCUACCGUACAGUGCACUAGCACAAGUCAACCAGAUGGCGGAGAGAUGGGGCUAAUCGGUUUAUUCAUCACAAUCUGCUGUUACAUCGGGGUCAUCUGCACAUUCCCUUUCUCUCUUUUCUUUUGUCUUAAGGUUGUAUCUGAAUACGAGAGGGCGGUGAUAUUCAGGAUCGGGCGGAUAUUAUCGGGUGGAGCUAGGGGCCCAGGAAUAUUUUUUGUUCUUCCCUGCAUUGAUGAGUUCCGGAAAGUGGACAUAAGAACCGUGUCAUUUGACGUCCCGCCACAAGAGGUCCUAACCAAGGAUAGCGUGACUGUCACGGUGGACGCGGUGGUUUACUUCCGGGUGGAGAACGCCACAGUCUCCAUCACCAAUGUGGAGAACGCCUUCGGUUCCACCAAGCUUCUCGCGCAGACCACGCUGCGCAACAUGAUGGGCUCCAAACUACUUUGCGAGAUCCUGUCCGAGCGUGACAACAUUAGCGCCACCAUGAAGGGGAUGUUGGACGAAGCCACUGGGCCGUGGGGCGUGCGCGUCGAGAGAGUAGAAAUGAAGGACGUUCGUCUCCCUGUCCAGCUGCAACGCGCAAUGGCUGCCGAGGCUGAAGCGCACCGUGAGGCCAAGGCCAAGUUCAUUGUGGCGGAAGGCGAGAUGAAGUCGUCACACGCCCUGAAGAACGCUGCGGAGGUGCUGGAUGGGUCGCCUUCGGCGCUACAGCUCCGUUACCUACAAACUCUGAACACCAUCUCGGCUGAGAAGAACUCCACUAUUAUCUUCCCUCUUCCCAUGAAUUUACUAAAUCGCUUUAUGAACGCCGUGUGAACAGUAAAACCAGGCCACGGUAUCUAAGCAACGUCCCCGCGCCAGUAUUUCGACAUUUUUAUGUUUUCCAAAGGUAGCCAUACCAUUAAGCAUCACGGAAAUCGUGUUUAGCUAGGGGCUUUGCAAACCAUUCUUCUACGUUCAAUUGACUCAAGAUGACUGUUUUCGACAUUGUUGCCCGUAAAGAAAUCAUGGCAAAGGAAAUGCAUACUUUUCUAGGCGCAGUUUGUCACAUGUGCCCUGUUCUUCGCGCUUAAUAUUUCGUGUUGUAUUUUAGCGGGAAACUUCGCCCUAAUUAUUUUAUGUUGUGUUUUGGCGGGAAACCGUUUCCAAGCAACUCUCUGUCAUCAAUGGUAUAAAAGCACGAACAAAACAUGGCGGGUCGGAGAAAGCCAUGAAAAAAAUGUGUUUUUUAAACUUCUUUCUCACUUAUAUUUUGUAAUAAACUGUGACUUUUGUGCGAGAUCAAAUUUAUCUGCAUAAAUAAUGUUAUAACACCGCUUUCAUAUUUACUGGUAAUAUAAAUUGAUAAUAGAGAAAAUUAAUGCUAUAACUAAGGCUAAGUUCAAACGUCGUACUAUCCAUAAGCCAUAUUCAAUGGAAAUACAUGCAGAUGAAACGAUCGACUAGAUUCAUUUGCAUGUAUUUGUAUUGAAUACGGCUCAUGGAUAAUACGACGUUUGAACUUGGUAUAAAGAAAACAGAAUGAGGUAAAGUACGCUAGCCUUUUAGACUUUCAAUUCUGUCCUUCUUCUAGGCAAUUGUAAGGCCUGGCGUUGACGAAUUUUUGCGUCUCUGUUUAUUGUAAAAAUUUGUUAUCCCAUGAAUUGAUUAUUAAACAUAAUAUCAAGCUAA